AUUUUGUUUAUUUUUUGAAAUAAAAAGGGGAAUAACUCCAUCGAAAGUCAGCUACUUGUCAGUAACACAGGCCAUCAGUCCAGAAGCCUAUGCAAGUGUUUCUUUCCAUCCUGAUUUUCUCAGCAGCCAAACAGCGUUAUUAAACCAUCAGCAAAAUAUAAAGUUUUCAACUUCUUCUGCAACUAAAAUGUGCCUGUUGAUUAUCAAAUGAAACUGCAGGUCUCAAGGUCGCUCUUGUACCUCAUAGAAACUUGCAGAAGCCUCAAGCAACUAAACCAAAUCCAUGCCAAAUCCAUAAUCGCAGGUCUCCCAUAUAACCGAUUCAUACUCGAGAAAAUCACCGAUUCCUUCUUGUCCUUUCAAUCUCUGUAUUACGCUAAAUGCGUAUUGGACCAAAUCCAAGAACCCAGCAUUGUCAGCUACAAUGCCAUGAUCAAAGCCUAUGUUCAGUCGGAGACUCCGUCUGCUGUACUAUCAUUGUAUAACACAAUGAGGGUACGUGAAAAUCUGCUUGGCGAUAAGUUCACAUACCCUUUUGUGUUGAAAGCCUGUGCUGGUGAAUUUGCUGUGGAAAAAGGCAGGGAGGUUCAUGGUGUGGUUGUUAGGAUUGGUUAUGAUUCGAACCGGUUCUUGUGUAGCUCUUUGCUUAGUUUCUAUGGCGCUUGUGGAGAUUUGGCAAGUGCACGCCAGGUGUUCGAUGAAUUUGAUGUGAAGGAUGUUGUGUUUUGGAAUGCUAUGAUAAUGGUUUAUGCGAGAAACGAGAUGGUUGCGGAAGGUUGUCAGAUUUUUAGGCAGAUGGUUGGAGUGGAUGAAGUUAGACCUAAUGAAGCGACAGUUUUGGUUUUGAUAUCGACAUGUUUGGCAUCUAAAAAUAUGAAAUUAGGGAGGGAAAUUCAUGGUUAUGUGAUGAAAGACGUCAACUUUCCUGUUAAUGUGAAAAUUGGAGCUGCUCUGGUUGAUUUGUAUGCAAAAUGUGGCUAUUUGGAUGAUGCAAGGAAAGUGUUCAAGGAAAUGCCAGCAAAGAACUCUGUGGUGUGGAAUUCAUUAAUAUGUGGGAAUUCUCAAAAUGGGCUUUUACACGAAGCAAUUGAUCUGUUCAGGGAAAUGCGUCUUUCCAAUGUAAAGCCUGAUAGGUUCACAAUUUCAUGCUUGUUGUCUACUUGUGCCCAAAUGGGUGCUGUUAAUCUGGGAAAUUGGGUUCGGAAAUUUGCUGAAAACAAUGGACUUUGGGAUGUGUUUAUUGAAACCUCUUUGGUAGAUAUGUAUGCUAAAUGCGGGUAUAUUGGAACAGCAAGAGAAUUGUUUGAUCAAAUGGAUCAGAAAACUGUUGUGACUUGGAAUACUAUUCUCUCUGGCUAUGCAGUGAAUGGGCAAGCUGAAUCAGCAGUUGAACUCUUUGAUCAUAUGAGAAAAUUGGGGGUCAGGCCAGAUUCUGUAACCUUCCUUUCAAUUUUACAUGCUUGUGCUCAUGCAGGCUUUGUUGAGGAAGGUAGGAAGUACUUUGAUUUAAUGAGGAAACAUUAUAAGCUCACUCCAAAGGUCGAACAUUAUGGUUGCAUGGUUGAUGUUCUUGGCCGUGCUGGACUUCUAAAAGAAGCUAGGGAACUUAUAGAGAGGAUGGAUGUUGAACCAACUGUGAUUAUGUGGGGAGCAUUGCUGAAUGCUUGUAGUAUUCACGGUGAUUCUGAGGUAGCAGAGUGGGCAGCUCAGCAUACUUCUAAAUUAGAAGCAUUGGAUGGUGGAUCCUAUGUGCUUUUAUCAAAUUUAUAUGCUGCUGGUCAAAAGUUUGAUGGGGUUAAAGAAGUUAGAGAGGCAAUGAUUAAAAAGGGUAUGUACAAGCCCCCUGGCUGUAGCAUGAUUGAGAUUGGUGACACUGUUCAUGAGUUUGUAGUUGCUGACAAGGUACAUCCUAGAUCAGAAGAGAUAUGCCGGGUGUUGGAAGACUUAAGUUGGAAGCUCAAGAUGGCAGGCUGCAUGGCCUUGCCUGUUUUAGAUGAAGAGCAUUUGGAAAUUAGCUGUGGGAUAAUCAUUUCUUGUUAGAGCCCUCUUAAAUUCAGAAAAAAUAAAAAUGGGUGAACCUGCUUCCUAACUUGUCAUAAAAACAAAUUGUAUCAAGGGCAACGGGACUUAACUUUUGUGGCAUAUGUUCAAAGCUUAAUGCAGACUGGAAAACAUGCAAAGAUUUGAGGCAGUUUAUUUUUUCCACCGAUGCAAGCUGAAGUUUUACAGUUUGAAAAGAUGAAGAUAAAGAAUAUUUGCAGGACAAGAUCACUCUAUGACCAUCUGCUUUUUUGCAGUCUUACAGAAGACAUGCACACUAAUACAGUCUGAAGUCAAGGUACAUUUUAAAGUAUCUGCCUUAGUUUUGUCUUGGGUCUCAUUUGUAUGUUGUCUUUUUGACUUGUUGGUUUCUUCCUGUACUUUUACUAUUUAUUCAACUAUCCACAGAUGCUUUACAAUAAUUUGUGCUUAAAAUAUCAUUUUAAAAUUAAAAAUCUACUUCUAAUGUAGCAGACUUGCACUCGGGCAUUAACUUUCUUUACCAUUUAUGAGUAUAGUGGCGCUGAUUCCUUCUCAUGGUCAAUUGUAGGAGUAAGAGUAGGUAGGUUGAGAAAGUUUAUGUUGUUUAACUUCUACUAAUCAGUGCAUUUUUUAAUUGUGCACCAAUUGCAGUCUAUAGCUUUGAGCAGAUUCAGUCUUGCAUUCCAGAAAAUCUUGAUUUGUUAUGCAGAAUUUUUGUAAGAGUUGAGUGGCUUUGAUUUUAUCUCAAGAGUUCAGAGCAGAUAAUCACGAACGAAAACUCAGAAAGAUAAUUAUUAUUUUUAUUUUUUAUUUUAUUUUAUUUUUUUUUAAUGUUAUGCUGGCUUGAAGUACAUUAUUGUGCUUACUUUGAACAGUUUAAGCUAUAGUUCAUAAAGCUGGUAAAAAAGCUUUUUAACUUUUUAGCUGUA